AUGAUUUUAGUUGAGAAACAUAUUUCUCCGUCACUUUCAUCCAUCACUGAUACUUCUCCAAUAACAAAGACCACCACUACCACCAUAAAAACUACAUUAUCCGCAACAUUAACAAAUGAUGAUGAAUUGAAUAGAUUACCAAGAAAGAUAGCGAAACGUGUUGAUAUCUUUCAACCUCGUAGAUCGCAAUUAGAUCGUGAAACUUUGGACUCACAUCAAGAAUCAUUUCGAGGAUUUUUUACAUUAUUUUGGAUAGCAAUGGGAUUUUAUAUAAUCCAAGCCGGUGUAAAAAAUUUUCAGUCAACAGGAAUUUUAGUAGAUUUAACAUUUUUCCGAUUAUUUUCACAAGAUGCAAUAGGGUUAAUAUUAAGUGAUAUGUGUAUGGUUGGAUCAAUGUUUUUCUCAGUUUUAAUACAAAAAGUGAUUGCACGUGGAUGGAUCAGAUGGCGAUAUACCGGAAUGAUCAUACAACACGUUUUUCAAGUUAUGUUUCUGUUUGUUCCUAUAUAUUGGACGUUUUUUAGAGGUUGGCCAUGGGUACAAAGUGGUUUCUUUGUUCUUCACACUAUUUCUAUGUUGAUGAAACUUCAUUCUUAUUCGUUUUAUAAUGGCGAGUUGUCUACGUACGUUGUUCGUCUUUCUGAAUUGAAGGAAAGAUUUGCUAAUUUGGUUGGAGAAUCAAAGAAAUCAGAUAUAGAGGUAGAUGAAAAAGAUGAGAAUCAAAGACAAAUGUUGGAUCAAUUAAAAGAAAAGAUUGAUCAAGUUGAAGGUUACCUUCAUAGUCCAUCUAAGAGCAUUCGUUAUCCCGAAAAUGUAACCUUUUUGAAUUAUGUGGAUUUCUUGUUGGUUCCAACUUUAGUUUAUGAAUUAGAAUAUCCAAGAACUGAAAAGUAA